GGGCUUUGGGAGUGUGUGUUUGUGCCUGGGAGGAGGUGUGGGUCUGCUCCAGAGUCUGGGGCUCUACAGUGCCCUGGGCCUCGCAGCUGGGAGCAUUUACAGCGGGUUAUAAAGAGGUUGUUUGAAGCUCUCCACUGGCUGGCCAGGAAUUUCCUCAAUUUCAGCAAUUUGGACUUUAAAAGGAGAAAACCCCAGAGCCCACCACCACCACCUCCUCCUCUUCCCCCAAAGAGGCCCCCCUGAUUCUGCCCCAGCCGAGCCUGUUGUGCCAAGGGGGCCCUUGCUGGGGCCAGCCCUGGUUGGGGUCUCUGGAGGGGGCAGCAGAGUAGGCACAGUUUCUAUUGGCACAGAUGGGCUCCAGCCUGGACUUUGGGGUUUGGAGAUUGGGCUGGGGGGCAUUGAGGGAGGGCUGUUCCCCAGGCAGGGGCCACGGCAUCACCCAAAGUAGCAAAACUGCCCCCCAGGCCUGUCUCCUCGAACCCCCCUGCUUUGUGGAUUGGCUGGCACUGUCCCUUGCCGGCUUGGCCCCACCCGGGGCCCUUUCGCAAGAGAGGAAAUGAGGCAGCUCUCUGAGGGCAAGGAUGGCGUCAGUGCCCGAGCUGUAGAGACCCAGAGCACAAGCUCUGAGGAAAUGGUGCCCAGCUCGCCCUCACCCCCUCCGCCUCCCCGAGUCUAUAAGCCGUGCUUCGUGUGCAACGACAAGUCCUCGGGCUAUCACUACGGGGUCAGCUCCUGCGAGGGCUGCAAGGGCUUCUUUCGCAGAAGCAUCCAAAAGAACAUGGUGUAUACAUGUCACCGGGACAAGAACUGCAUCAUCAACAAGGUGACCCGAAACAGGUGCCAGUACUGCCGACUGCAGAAGUGUUUUGAAGUUGGGAUGUCCAAGGAAGCUGUCCGCAAUGACCGGAACAAGAAGAAGAAGGAGGUCAAGGAGGAGGGUCCUCCGGACAGCUAUGAGCUGAGCCCGCAGCUGGAGGAGCUGAUCGCCAAGGUCAGCAAAGCCCACCAGGAGACCUUCCCUUCUCUGUGCCAGCUGGGCAAGUAUACGACGAACUCGAGCGCCGACCACCGCGUGCAGCUGGACCUCGGGCUGUGGGACAAGUUCAGCGAGCUGGCCACCAAGUGCAUCAUCAAGAUCGUGGAGUUUGCCAAGCGGCUGCCGGGCUUCACGGGGCUCAGCAUCGCCGACCAGAUCACCCUCCUCAAGGCAGCCUGCCUGGACAUCCUGAUGCUCCGGAUCUGUACCCGGUACACCCCGGAGCAGGACACGAUGACGUUCUCGGACGGGCUGACCCUGAACCGGACGCAGAUGCACAACGCCGGCUUCGGGCCCCUCACGGACCUGGUCUUUGCCUUCGCCGGACAGCUGCUGCCUCUCGAGAUGGACGACACGGAGACGGGACUGCUCAGCGCCAUCUGCCUCAUCUGCGGAGACCGGAUGGACCUAGAGGAGCCCGAGAAGGUGGACAAGCUGCAGGAGCCGCUGCUGGAGGCCCUGAGGCUGUACGCGCGGCGCCGGCGGCCCAGCCAGCCCUACAUGUUCCCCAGGAUGCUCAUGAAGAUCACGGACCUCCGGGGCAUCAGCACCAAGGGAGCGGAGCGGGCUAUCACUCUGAAGAUGGAGAUCCCCGGCCCGAUGCCCCCCCUGAUCCGGGAGAUGCUGGAGAACCCUGAGAUGUUCGAGGACGACUCCUCGCAGCCUGGCCCCCGCGCGGAGCCCCCCAGCGAGGACGAGGGCCUGGGGGGCGGAGGGGACGGGGACCUCAGCCCCCAGCCCGACCCGGAUCCCUGAUGGGCGGCCGCAGACUGACCCCCGUGACUGGGAGAGGACCGUCGCUGCCCUCUCUCCACUCCCACCCCACCAGCACCAGUUUAUGCUCCUUGUUUUUGCCAAAGUUUCCUGGGCUCUGUGUCCAUCCUUCCCUCCCCAGGCCCCACCUGGGCUUCCUCCUGCCCCUGCCUGGCUCCCUCCCCCCCAGCCAGAGCGGACGUGGGGGCUGAGACGGGCUCUCCGCUCCGGCCCUCGGAGCCAUCUCUCGGACAUCGGGGUCCCCUGGGAGGGAGGAGGGGAGCCUUUGUUGGUGCUGAGUCGGCGAAGACCUUGUCUCCCAUCCCACCCCUCCCCUGCCAGGUGCUUUGACCUCCAGGAUAAUUAGGAACACUAGAGACCAAAGGGGGGCCCGGGGAGCUGGGACCGCCGUGCAAUGCCCCCUGCCUGACACAUACUGCCCUCUGCCCCCCCAUGUGCCAGGCUCAGGGUGAGGGGCAGCGAAGCGGGGCGCAGAUGCAGGCCCGUUCUGUACCUCUCCGCUGACCGCCCCAGUGCGGGCUCCCCCUUUCCCCAGGCUUCCCCCCAAAAAGGGGAAGUGGCCUCCGUUAAGAAUCCCCCACCCUACCAUGUGCCUUGGGUGUCCCCCGCCCCCCAUCUCAGCCGUCGGGGCGGAACCCUUCUACACUACAGAGGGGCCUGGGGAGCCCCUCCCUGUCCACCCCUAGUGCCUUCCCCCCACAGUACCCCAGAGCAGCUCAGCCCAGGGAGGGGAGGGCUGCUUAGCUGAUCCCUACCCAACCCAGAGGAAGCCUCUUAUUUAUUUAUUAGCUUUUGUUUACACCCUGGAAUUACCCCCCAUCCCCCUGGGGGUUCUGGGGGUGGAGCCCAGGGCCCCUUCUGAUCCCCAACUCCUGGUUUGUAUUUAGCUGCCAAAUAAAAUUCCCACUGGCCCCCCUUUUUCUCUGGGGGGGCUGGGUGCUGUCCCCUCCCCCCUUUGUUUACAACCCCCUUCCCUCCCGCUGUAUCGCAUAUUGCUGAGUUUUCUAUUUUUGCAAAAUAAAGUGAUGGAAACUCAUGGAA